CCGAUAGAGCUGGGCGGGCGGCGGGCGGCGGUGAGUCGGCGAGCGCUGGCAUCUGGCGUUACUUUGGGUGGGUUGUGUCGGCGGGCGGCGGGUGUCUGGCGAGCGUCUGGCAGCCUGGCCGGCGCUCAGUGAGGCUGCGGCCCCCGUCCGACCCGCACGCUGCUUGGAAUGGACGCGGCGCUUGGCACUGAUGAGUAGCUCUGGCAGGAGGCUGUGGGUGGUGGCGGCGCCGCUCGCCCUGCUGCUGCUGGCCCUGUUGGGCCGGCCCGCACACGCCCGCCCUGAGGCUCGCCACUGCCCCAACUGUGUCCACCCGCGCUCCGUGCCCGACGCCCGCGCGCUGGAAACGCUGCGUAUCGAGGGCAUCAAGCAACAGAUCCUUAGCAAGCUGGGCCUCCGCGCCAAGCCCAACGUGACCUCCAGCAUCCCGCGCGAAGUACUGCUGCAGACACUCUACCGUUCCGAGGAGGACCGCGAGCUGCUGCAGAAGCAGCGCGAGGAGCAGCUGCGCUCGGCGGGCCACGAACAGCUGCUGGACGAUGACUACUACGCCAAGACCUCCGAGAUCAUCAGCUUCGCCGAGCCAGGGCCGCAGCUGAACAACCACACGCUGCUGGAGUUCACGCAGAGCGACGCCGACGUGAGUUCGCUGCGGGUGACGGAGGCAAUGCUGUGGGUGUUCCUGCGAAGACCUCCGGGCGCCCGCCACCACGACGCCGCCCGAGCCAGGACCACGCUAUGGGUGUUUCGCGUUCCCCCUGAGGACACGAGCAAGAGUCCCUCGGCGGAGAUGGUGGCGUCGCUGCCGCUCUCGGCGUCACACGUGGGGUGGCGACGCCUGGACGUGACGGCAGCGGUGCAGCGGUGGUUCGCGCGGCCCGGAGAACGUCUGCGGCUCCUGGUGGACUGCAGCAGUUGCAGCGGCGAGCUGGAGGCGGCACUGUUCACGGCCCGCAAGUUGAAGGGCGCACACAAGCCGGGGUCGCGGCGCUCCGAGGCCUCGCACCGCCCCUUCCUGGUGGUGCACACGGCGCCCACGCCUUCCCGCCGCCUCUCCCGCCGCGCCCUCCAGUGUGAUAAAGACACCAAAAUGUGCUGCAAGGAGAACCUGAUUAUCUCCUUCAGAGAACUUGGGUGGGACGACUGGAUCAUUGCGCCCACAGGCUACAACGCCAACUACUGCAAAGGCUCGUGUGCCAGUGUGUUCCGGACCCUGGAGACCUUCCCGCACUUUCACUCGCAGGUGAUGGAGGAGACGCGGCGGUACCGAUCGGCGGGCAGCCUGGAGCAGUGCUGCGCCCCCACCAAGCUGUCGCCCAUGUCGCUCAUCUACCAGGACGAGUUCUCCAACAUCAUCAAGCGGGACGUGCCGCGCAUGGUGGUGGAGGAGUGCGGCUGUGCGUAAGGGCCGCCCGCCGCGCCCCGCCCCGCCCCGCCCCGCCCGUGUGAUGCUUCACUGUGAUGGCCCGACACGCCGCGCCGGGCGCCCCGCGUCCCCCAGGGGACCACCUUCGGAUAUAGUCUGAUCUGUGAUCAUAACGUUAAGAGAAGUUGUCGUUGUGUUGUUAUUGUUGUUCUUGUUGUAGAGACUCGUGGGGCGAGGGGCCCAGGCGAGGCCACCCCGCCCCGCGCCGCCCCGCCCCGCCCCGCCCCUCCCCACCCCGCCCAGCACUGUGUCGCUGCCCCGCCCCGCCCCGCCGCCUGUGUACCGCCGCCCCGCCUGCCGCCGCCGCCCGCCGCCCAUGUAUCCGCCCAGUGUGUGCCCACCAGCCUGUGUUCACACGUCCGCCCGCCCUGCCCCGACCCACCCGCCUGUCCCUCCAUGCCAAUGCCGCUCCGCCAGCCCGGGCCCUGCCUGCCCCGCUCCGCCCACCUUUCUCCACCACACGCCCCGACACACCCCGUGGGGCGGGGCGGGGCGUGAGGUGUGUUCGAGGUCCUUAAAGUGUGAUAAUAAUUGAUAGUUAAUGUAAGCGAGAGCAAGUGAUGGAGUGUGGUGGUGGUGGUGGUGGUGGUGGUGGUGAGGGCCGCGGGACACUCCCAACCGCCCACCGCCACGAACUGUCUUUCAUGGACCCACGGAGGGACCGCUGAAACCCGCCCUCCUCACCCCUCACACACCCGCGGCGCCCCCCUCCCCCGCACCCCCGCACAGCCCCCAACACUCUUCUUCGCCGUAAAAUAUUAAUAAUAAUAAAUCGCUUGUCUAACCCUUUGGGCGUAGAGCCAACGCCCCGCCCCGCCCCGCCCCGCCGCGCCCCGCUCCGAGGUGACGGCGGCGGCAGGGGAGGCUCAUUGUCGUCCGUGCCUAAGCCCUGACGAGGAUCACCGCCUUAGAGGACGAGGACGGAAGCAGAGAAUGAGGACGAGGACGAAAAGGGAUAGAACGAAGGAAGGAAAGUAGGGAAUGACCGCAACGACAGAAUGCAAGCAGGAGGAAGAGGAGGAGGAUGACGACGACGACGACGACGAGAACAAGAACGAAAAGGAAAAACAAUAAAGAAAAGAAGGCGAAGGGCCCACAUAAACGAGAGAGACAGACAGACACAGACAGACAGACAGACAGACAGACAGACAUGCAACCCAUUGAUCAGUCGGACAAUGUGUAUGUGUGUGUGUGUGUGUGUGUGUGUGUGUGUGUGUGUGUGUGAGAGAGAGAGAGAGAGAGGAGGGAGGAGGAGAAGGACAGGAAUGGAUAAUGAGGUGAAGGGAAGGAUUGUAUGGAAGAGAGAGAAAAAAUUAUGUGACUUUUCCGAGAGCAGAGUAAGUAAGGCAUAACAUACUCCACAAAUAAUGAGUAAGAUCAAAUGGGUAAAGAAAGUGAGAUAAGAAGAAAUGUUAAAGUUUGAUUAUGUUGUUAUAAAAUUGUUAAUAUGGAACACACUACUGAGCAAGGGGAACCCAUUGUAAAAAAAAUAUAUGUAUAAAAGACUAAAUGUUUUCGAAAAUUAAACGGGAUUGCAAAUUUGUAAACAUAUGAAUAAUAAUUAAGUUUAUGGAAGAUAGAAAAUGCAAAUGUGAGUCAAAUUAGAAGAAUUGCGAGAUAGAUGUCCUGAAAUGUUUUGGGAUUUUGUGAAGGGGACUGCCAACACCUCCCCUUGAAAAUGUUGUAAGAUUUGGAGAAAUUAUUGUGUGGUUGUUUGACGGCAGGAAAAGAUGUGUUGAUUGUACCAUGGAACAGGAAAUAUUACCGGAAUAGGAGAUUUCUUAGCAUGUAAAAACACUGUAAAAAGAAAGGAAGAGUUUUAGGAUGUUAAUGAAAACGAUGAAAAUAUAAAACACUGGAACAGAGAGUAAAAUAUGUUUAGGAAAUUUAGCAAGAUGAAAAAAAGAAAAGGAAAGAUUUGUAAACAGAGAAUCAUGAGGCAAAAGAGAGUAGAGUGACACUAGGAUAGAAAGAAUGAUAAAAGCAAAAUCACAUUAUACGAAGCCUCAGAAAUAGAUGAGACUUUAAAGUGAGCAGGAGUGAAAAAAUUAUACAUCGCGAACAGUCAGAUUAGAUAACAGAGGAAGAAAAUGUAUGGGAGUGAGACAGAACGGAGGGAAAGAAUGCGAAACGUGUGAAAAACUAGAUAAACCAAGAUUAUGGAAGGUGGUCAUUCACGAAACAAGGAGAAUAAAAGACGGGAGGAAAGUAGAAAGAGGACAAGAAUAAAAAACAGUAGGAAAAAUACAGUAACAGGCAAGGGGAAGUUAACCGAGGACAGAGAGGAAAGAAAUUGAAUAUGUUAAGAUAUGUAAGAUUCAGGGAAAUUUAAAGUAAGAAUGACUCGAUAAGAACUACGAAGAAGAAAAGAAAGGACGUAAAGAUAGGAAGGGAGAAAGAAAGGAAACGAGGUAAAGAGGAAGGGAAGAGAGGAAGGAAAGGAAAGGAGGAGAGGGCGGGAAAAAGGAAAGACAGGCAGAAAGGGAUGAAAAGAGGAAAGAAGAGACAGAAAAGAGGGUGUAAGUAAAGAGGGGCUGGAGAUGGGUGAGAAAAGAGAAAAAAAGGGAAUUGAAGAGAUAAUAGAAAAGGAGAGGAGAAGGAUAGACGAAGACAGGAGAGAGAGAAGAAAGUAAGAGAUUGAAUGGAUGCCGUGGUGGGUAGUGGCAGCAGUGAAGGCUGAUGGUGGUGAUGUAGUGGUGGUGAUGAUGGCAGUGACAGUGGUGGUGGUGGUGGUGGUGAUGGUGGUGGUGGAGAGGAGGAGGAAGAGGGCUGCGAGGCUGCUCCGCCGCCCUGCCCUCCCCUCCCCGAGGCUGGCAGUGUUAGGUUUUGUGAUAACGAUGCUUGGCAGGUAGAUAUAAGGUGGAAAAUACUCAGUUCAUCCGUUUUUUUCUAAUUUACUAUUUUUUCACUUUAGUUCGGGGGACACUUAGGACUUGCAUUCCUCCCCAAGCAUUCCAGCUGUCAAGUUGAAAAGGUGGAAGUUGAAAGAUGUCAUAUAUAUAUAUAUAUAUAUAUAUAUAUAUAUAUAUAUAUAUAUAUAUAUA